UCACACUCAGAUCCGGGGGAAGGUGGACGGACAGAAUGGCGACCCAGUGCAGCUCCAAAUGCACGGUCGAAAGAAAAGGAUUCCGGCGGGAACUCGACUCGUGGAGGCACAAACUAAUUCAUUGUGUCGGGUUUGAAAGCAUACUGGAGGGAAUAUAUGGACCAAGACUGCUGCAGGAUCUCAAUAUAUUUGAUGAGUGUGAACCAGAGACUGUGGAUGAUUGGUCUAUGGAUGCAAACUGCUCUUUCUGCAACCUGCAGCUAGAAAAACUAAAUGAUCAUUCUUCUGCUGUGGUCAUGCCCACGUCGCCAACACCUGCUGAAACCCCCUCACCUCAGGGCCUGUCCAUCUCUGAUAAACUCCAGUGCCAAGCAGACCGAUUCCUCCAUGCUAUAUUUCGCAAGAAGGAAUUCCCUCAGAGCUGCGAUUCCAGUAUACCGUUGGUGGCGCAGGAGUUGAUGCGUAAGAUGAUUCAGCGGUUUGCCUUGGAAUAUGCUUCUAAAAGUCAGGCUCAUGAAGGCUUGAACGGCCUAAGCGACAACUCUGAGCCUCUUCCUCACCAACCGGAUCCUGAUGGGCCCCUGGACCUCACCGUCAGCCGAGCUUCCCAGGCUCUGCAACAAGUAGACGGAGUACUUGAUCUUUCAAAGAAAAGCUCAUCUUCAGAAAAGGCAUCUAUUCAACAAGAAGUUUCAGGUUCCUUAGGGCCGAACGAGGAAGACCAAUCCACACUGGGGAAGGAGGGUGAUUCUAAGGCUCCAGAGACCAAGAAAGUGACUGUGUUGGAAAAGGUCUUGUCAAUGCUUUGUUCUCGUCAUAGACUGCUUCUUUAUCGCAUUUUAAUGGACAUGCAGGAAGACUGCAUCUUUGUUACUUUGCGUAACGAUCAUAGACGACAGUGCCCUGUGAACCCCAGUGAACCCCCCUGCAGCCAUGCUAACAAAAAACUUGAUGAAAUCCCUACACUUGCAUUAAAUGACUGCUCUGUGACUGCUGGCACUUGUUGCAGAACAGCUUGUAGACCUUCAUCAUGCACAAUUCCUCCUGUAAAUGUUAGUCUGAUAAACCUGCAUAAUCAUUCCUGCCAAAAUAUAUCUAUGCCAUGUGUUGGCCAUCUUAUCGGUUCUAUCCCCACUGUUUGUCAUUCAAAAAUACCCUUGUGCCAGCAUCAGCAAAAUGGUAAUCAUGCUUGCAUUUCUUUUAAAAGAGAUGCCCCAAUUCCAAUUCAGAAUGAUUGUAACUCUCAUAAUGGAUGUAGAGAAAGCCGUAGCCCCUCCCCACCACCACUCUCACCAAAGCCUGUGGACACAGAGUGUAAAAUGACUGUCAAGACCAGCAUCUUCCCUCUUCAGGACUGCAAGGCACCACCUCCUCUUCUACCUCGCAGAACAGAGGAUGAACACCCACCUCUGCACUCUAAUCCUCCUAUUUGUCCAAGAUCUCCGGACAAGCAUUGUGACAAGUUUUUGAUGUCUUAUACACAAAAAGAGAAUGACCAGUGUGGAUCAUUAAUAGGAGAUCUAAUGGAAAGGGUCACUGAAAAGCUCAAGAGUAUCCAGCCAUCAGAGCGAGAACAGACUCUUCUUAAUCAUUCAAGUCGGAUCUCCGAGACAAAAGAUGAUACACAUUUGACAGAAAUUAUAACGACUGUGCUACACAACAGUAGUGAUAAAGAUUACAACCUCAAUGAUCUUUUAGAACAGCAUGUAGCCACAGGACAGCGAUCCCCUCAAACGCGUUCUCGUAGGAGACUGGAAAUUUUAGAUGCCAUGAGCAAGUCGCCUGACCUUUCAUCAUCAAGGCGUCAGAGCUUACAAAUCAAGAGAGAUUUGGCCAGACUUAGUCCACCACACUUCAGGCGGAAGAUGGUUUCAGAGAGAAGCCAAAAAAACAUUAAACCUUCUUACCCCACACAUGCUGCUGUUGAACCAUCUAAUGGCAGAAAGGGGGAAAGAGGACCCAAGACAGUGGACAAAGAGCCCCUAAAAGAUUUUAUAGUAAAUUUAAACGCACAAACUGAAAACAUGCAGAGUAAUCAAGAAGCUCAAUCACAUGAUACUGGUCUUUCAGAACACCUGUCUCCUGGUAAAACGGCACAAUCACAGCCAUCUACUUGUCACCGGAAGGUGAAAAGAAAAACACGAAAAGAAAAAAAUCUGACUCUUCAGGUUGGAAGGUCCAGACGAAAUAUUGUCCCACCCCAGCGUUUUUCUUCCUAUGUCACUGAGCCACGAAAGAUGUAUUUUGCUGCUUGUUUUUCAGAAAGUAUAUUCAUCAAGCAUUCCUCUAUAGAUGGCACCUCAACAACACUUUGUUCCACAGAAGAUACUGUCCAGCCAAUUACUAUAUGUAAUAAACAGCCAUUCAUACCUGAAGAUAAAAACCAAGGUUGUGAUUUGCCACAAAACGUAGCUUUACUGAAAGAUAACAUUUUGUUCAAAAAAGAGUCACUUUGUGAGCACGAGAAUGGUGGAAAGAAUGCCCUUAAAGAAAGUCCAAGUAAAAGGAAAAUGUGCCAAAAUUCCACAUCACCGUCAAAAAGAUCUAAACCCCACAGAACUAGGAGUCUAGACACUGUCUCAAACAGUCCUACUGAAACUAUGCCUAACUCUACUACCAUUGAGGGUGUACAACAUGCUAAAAAAAGCCAGAGAGGACUAAAAUAUAGUAGUCCAAUAAAGCUAAUGUUUGUUUCUUCUGUGACUAGUGAAGAUGGUGUAAAAUAUACACUCAAAGCAGCCACCAAUAGUUCAAAUUCACGUGAAGAGAUGUUUGAUCCAUGUGUGGAAUCCUCAUGGGCAGGCAGUGUCUUUGAAGAAAAAGAUUCAGUCAUGGAAGCUGCUUCAGGGAGAACUGUUGACUGUUGUUCCUCACCAAAAGAAGUACUUUUACCGGUAGCAUUAUUGCCCAGUUGUUCAAAAGAUGAAAGCGAUAACCCAGAAACAAUACAAAUUGCACAUCAAACCUCCCCAGUAAAAAGACGCCCUGGGCGCCCUAAAAAAUUAGGACCACAUAUUUUUAAGUCUGUUAAACGUCCCAUUGGCAGACCUCCAAAACCAAAAAUGACAGAUUCAAAUGAUUCAACGGGUAAGACUGGUUCCAGUACGGUGGAUCAUAGAACAACAGAAAUGUCUUGUAAGGAUGAUGGAAACAAAAAUCUAAAAAUUACCAUAGUUUAUGGGAGAUCAAGAAAGGCAAGGAGAGUUGUUUCUGAGGAUUUUGAUAAUUUCUCAGCAUACCAGAAUGAUUAUGAAGUGUCUAAUAGUGACAGGUACAGUGAAACCUGUUCUGGAAAAAUAACUAGUAAAGAUCAAAUGGCCAAAGAACAGCUAAAAGACCUCAAUUUUGUUAUGCCUUUUGAAGAUAAGAAAUGCACAGUCUCUUCCAGUAGCAACAUCAAAUGUCAAAGGCAGAGUGACAUGGCCGUGUCUAGAAAACCUGGAAGACCUCCCAAGGUCAAGAUUUCUGGAAUAUCUGUCACGGUCACAUCAGAAUCACCAAGGCAAAGAAAGAUACACAUGAAAAGAGAUACAAAAGAUUCACAUCUGCUCCGAAGGAGUCUUCUCGUCGAAUUUCAACCCUCCAAAGAGCAGAAGACAAUCGAUAUUCCUACUGACGUUCAAAAGGAUGCACUGAAUGCACCGGAAAAAUGCAGUCAGAAUUCCAGAGGGCCACUUAAACCGGUGAGACAUUCUGUUAGAGAACGAAAGCCCUCCAUUCAUUUGCUUCACUCUGUUGCUACUGCCAGGUCCUGCGCGUUGGUUCGUAGGUCCCGAAAACUACUGCUAAGUAAGGCCAGCAGUGAUGCUGGCCAUUCUGCGAAGACUAAAAAUGAAGAGCCCCUAAACAAUGCACUUUCAAUUAAGACCAAGAAUGUUAGUUGCAUGCAAGACAUUGUCCGUUUCUCUGCAGUUUCAGUUGACCCAAUUUUCUCAUCAAAUGAGGGUUUCAGGUGGUGGACCACCUCAGCAUCACCGGAGACCCUAAACGAAGAGUUAACCAGGAGGAUCAGAUUUAUGUCCAAUACCUGGGUAUCGGAUGUCUUCGAGGCCAACAAGGCAGAGAUGAAAACAAAUCCUAACCCAAAAACCUGUAGGAGGCUUCAUGGUUCUGCUAAGAAAUCGGCUUCUGCCAUCAAAAUGCUUUUUGAGAAUAACUACGAUAUUGAUAAACUCUGUUCUUGGUUUAUGCAGACCACUGAAACUCAGUCCCUUGCAAUUGUCAAGAAAGCAAGUGUAAGAAAUCCCAAGGAGGAGGCUUUUCACUACAACCCCAGCAGACCUAAUUGUAAAGUGAAUGUUUGCCCUAGUCCACAAGCAGAGCGGCUCAGGAAACAUGUCAAAAAAUUUGCUAAAGUUGUCCCAAAGAGUCCAUUAAUGCACAAGCAAGCACAGGAAAUGUUGUACAAGGCAAGGAGGUCACAAGUCCAGAAAAAGCUCUUUAACACAGAACCAUAUAAACUGAGGAAUGACACUGGGCAGCAGUUGUCUAGGCCUACAUGCACAUGGGUAGACUACAGAACUGCUUUGCUUCGAGCGAGACUGAAGUUUCAAACCAGAUGCAGAAAAACAUUUUCUGGUAGGUGUCACAAAAUCUAUAGCGGUCAGACGAGAACAAUGACUACAGGUGCUCAUACUGUUGAACUUUUAAAAGAAAUGCAUAGCUUUGUUAACAAGACACCUGCACCAAUUAUGAAAAUGUACAACACAUUAAAGCAUUCAGUAAAAAAUCCAGGUAUUAUCAGAGCUUCUCAGAAAAUGCAGGGGAUUUCAAAAAUUUCGAAGAACAGAAUCAGCUCCAAAGCAUGGAGCCCAGAAUCCCUGAAGGAGUGCAGUGUAUUUCUGAAAAAGAUCAACUCCCCAAACACGAAGUCAACGACAGAGGAAUGUAACAUUUGCACAGUAAAGCUAUGUGAUGUCUCUUCAGAGGAAGAGGAAAAUGAGAGAAAUGCGGACAUUACGGUGGGAGGGGCAGUUAACUCUCCAGUACAGCUGCCCUCCUCCCCAAAAUGCCAGAGCACUGGAGGAAAAAAAAGAAAGAAAUGGAAAAGCUCCGGCACAAGUCCAUCUCCCCCAGCAAAAAUGCUCAGACAAUCAAGGAGCAGCAGGGGUGUUCUGGGAGCAAGGUGGUGUGACUUUGUGCUUGGGUCAUUGAAAUAACUUGGGGGGCCAUUUCCAGCAAGAUAUUCUUGAACUCAAACACAAGGUGCCUUUUAACAGUGGUCUGGCUGAGCAUCAAAAGUAUUGUGACAUGCAACCUCAGCAAGCAACAUGUAGCAAAAAACUUUUAAGAC